CUGGGUUGCCUGGCACCAGCCUGGCCUUCCUCCAGGGUUUGGUAUCCCCUGGGCUUGGGGAAGGGGUGGGAAAUGUAGCCCAGGUGGUAGGCGUGGCCCAGCUUACCCAUGCCCAGGGAGAUAGCUGCUUUGUGUUGCCUUCUCAGCCUUGUUUGCUGCCCACACCUGGCCAGUUGCCCCAGCAGGCGUGGGAGGAAAGAAAGUGGGGCAUAGGGAGAAUAAAGGUGAGGUAACUUCUAGGAGUUGACAGCUCCGUGCCCUCCACUGCACCCUGGAAUGGUAGAAACUAGGGAAGAUGGGAUCUAAGGAGGCAGGUCGCUAUAUCCAGAUACUCAGGGCCAGUGUCAUGCCAACCAGCAUCUCUUGACUGUUGCCUGCCCAGCUGUACUCCUGCCAGGCAUUUUAAAGGGAUAAUGUCUAGGCUGCUUUGCAAGCUGAUGUGAACGAGAGGGCUGGGUCUCCUGGAUCCAGGAUCAUCUCCAAUAUAUCAUCUUCAGUACAUACCCCUAUCCCCAGGCCUCUGAAGACAUGGUAGAGGAGAGGAAGGAGGGAAGUGUGGCAUGCUGUAUUCAAAGCUGCAGUAUUAAUAGGCUUGGGGGAAUGGCCCAGAUCUUAGCACAUACGGAUUGGGCUGGCUUUCCUGCAGCCUAAGAGACACUGGGACCCUUCCCAUGUGGACGGGAGGAGACGCUGAUGCCUAGCCGCCUCCUUGAAGAUGGAGAGGCUGGGCAUGAGUGGUGGCACCACUAUAGGUUUAGGCGGGUGCCUCUAUGCAGUGCCCUUCUCGCCUGAGCCCAGGGUUACAGCCUUUCUCCCAUUCCAGGGUUCAGCUGACUCCUAUACCAGCCGCCCAUCUCUGGACUCGGACGUCUCCCUGGAAGAGGACCGGGAGAGUGCCCGGCGCGAAGUGGAGAGCCAAGCUCAGCAGCAGCUCGAGAGGGCCAAGCACAAGCCCGUGGCAUUUGCUGUGAGGACCAAUGUCAGCUACUGUGGCACACUGGAUGAGGAGUGCCCAGUCCAGGGCUCUGGAGUCAACUUUGAGGCCAAAGAUUUUCUGCACAUUAAAGAGAAGUACAGCAAUGACUGGUGGAUUGGGCGGCUAGUGAAAGAGGGCGGAGACAUCGCCUUCAUCCCCAGCCCCCAGCGCCUGGAGAGCAUCCGCCUCAAACAGGAGCAGAAGGCCAGGAGAUCCGGGAACCCCUCCAGCCUGAGUGACACUGGCAACCGACGCUCCCCUCCCCCAUCUCUAGCCAAGCAGAAGCAAAAGCAGGCGGAACAUGUUCCCCCAUAUGACGUUGUGCCCUCCAUGCGGCCUGUGGUGCUGGUGGGGCCCUCUCUGAAAGGUUAUGAGGUCACAGACAUGAUGCAGAAGGCUCUCUUCGACUUUCUCAAACAUAGGUUUGAUGGCAGGAUCUCCAUCACCCGUGUCACAGCUGACCUCUCACUGGCAAAGCGAUCUGUGCUCAACAAUCCUGGCAAGAGGACCAUCAUAGAACGUUCCUCUGCCCGCUCCAGCAUCGCCGAAGUACAGAGUGAGAUUGAGCGCAUAUUCGAGCUGGCCAAAUCCCUGCAGCUGGUAGUAUUGGAUGCUGACACCAUCAACCACCCAGCACAGCUGGCCAAGACCUCAUUGGCCCCCAUCAUUGUCUUUGUCAAAGUAUCCUCACCAAAGGUACUCCAGCGUCUCAUCCGCUCCCGGGGGAAGUCACAGAUGAAGCACCUGACCGUACAGAUGAUGGCAUAUGAUAAGCUGGUUCAGUGUCCACCGGAGUCAUUUGAUGUGAUUCUGGAUGAGAACCAGCUGGAGGAUGCCUGUGAGCACCUGGCUGAAUACCUGGAGGUUUAUUGGCGGGCCACCCACCACCCAGCCCCCAGCCCUGGUCUUUUGGGCCCUCCCACUGCCAUCCCUGGACUUCAGAACCAGCAGCUGCUGGGGGAGCGUGGUGAGGAACACUCACCACUCGAGCGGGACAGCUUGAUGCCCUCAGAUGAGGCCAGCGAGAGCUCACACCAAGCCUGGACAGGAUCUUCACAGCGUAGCUCCCGCCACCUAGAAGAGGACUAUGCAGAUGCCUACCAGGACCUGUACCAGCCACACCGCCAACACACCUCGGGGCUGCCCAGUGCUAACGGGCAUGACCCCCAGGACCGGCUCCUAGCCCAGGACUCGGAGCACAACCACAUUGACCGGAACUGGCAGCGCAACCGGCCCUGGCCCAAGGAUAGCUACUGACAGCUUCCUGCUGCCCUACCAGGCAGGCACAGGCACAGCUUAAUGGGGUACCUGGCUCCAGGCAGGUUGGUGUUAGACUGCAUUAGGCUGGCACUAGGCUCAGCCCCCACAACCCUCUGCCCAGCUGCAGCUCCAGGGCUGUCUGGGGUCCCAAGGUUCUGGGAGCAGUGAUCCCCCCCCCAGGCUCUCAUUCCAGGUACUAGCUGUGUGUUCUGCACCCCUGGCACCUUCCUCUCCUCCUGCACAAGAAAACUGCCCACUGGGCAGAGCCCUCAGGCCAGGACCCCCUUAGCAGGGGCCUUCCCACCACUCAGGGAAGGGAUGCCCCCUCAAAGUGACAAGAGGGUGGAGGUGUGGACAGCAUGGCAUGAAGACGAAACAAGGACCCUGAGCAGGCACAGGUCGUAACAGUCAAGGGACUCAGGGGUUGUGAUUUUGGGUCUAAGGGCCUCCACUCACCUCACUGCCACACGUUAGAAACGAGACAAUCAAAGCCCAUCAGCGUGGCACUCCCAUCUAUCAGCUGGGGUGGGGCAUCCAAGUACAGGACUGGAGCAGCAGGCAGCCUAGGCUGGGGCAACACCUCACAGCUGAAGCUCUUGGAGGGAGGGCUCUCCUCAUCUGUCAAGAAGCUUAACAUCUGACAGGACCAGGGACUAGGAGCAUACUCAGGCCAAACAGAGCGAGAGUCAACCUGGACUGGGUGUUUGGGGAUGGAGGGUGGGCAUGUAUAACAGGACGUAUGGAACAGCUUCAGGGGUCUCCUCACCCCUCAUUCUUUUGCUCUUGCAUCCAGUCAUUUCUGUUAUUGCCCUUCAUGUGCCCUAGGGAAUAUGAGCCCCAAACUUUAUUCCCUGAUUCAUAGCUGCUGUUUGUCAAGUUAGGGUUAGGUGGGGAGAGGUAGGACACAGCAGACUGCCCCCAGAGGCCCUGUCUACCCAGCUACCCUUGCCUAUGGCUCUAGUGUGUGAUCUACAGAGCAUGCUCCACAAGACCCUGCCCCCAUCUCACUGUCAUCACUAAUAAACACCAUGCGCAGUCCUCAGGCUUCCGUUCUGUGUCUGCUAGCUCAAGUGGCCAGGUUCCUCACUACGUGGCCUGGCCAAGUCUGGUGGAGGUAAAGAAUUCUGGCCUCUCUCACAAAGGACCCAUGGAGUGGGAAGGAAAAAAAGAGACAGAGCCAGGAGAGCCUGCCACCCCUCAGCCUCAUCCCCAGGUGCCUGCGGGGAAGACAUUCAGCAGCACAGAUGGAACUUGUUCUGGGAGGUAAGGAGGAAGAGGCUUAGUCACAGUUUUAUACUGUCCCUGCCUCAGGCCACAAAGGUCCUAGAAGUACAACCUGAACUCCAUGUACCUGCCAGCUCUUUCUGAGGGGUAGGGAUGAGCAUGUGAGUAAGAGGGCAUCAGUGGAAGGGCCCGGGCCCUGCAACACUCACCAAACCCUUGCUCAGCCAGGCCAGCUCAGGGCUCGUCGUUGCCUGUCUCUCCCUUCACCUUCCACUCUUCCACAAGCAGCAGACCAGGCAAUUAGCUACAAGCAAAGGCCCACAGCACAGGUUGGAAGAGUGCUUCCAGUUGUGCCUCACCUGCUGAAGUUUCACAGCUGAUGUCCUUUCUCACCCUGUGCACGGCUACCUCGAGGGUGGCCUGGCCAGGGCCACAAGUUGUGUGGGGCUGGAGCAGGGGAGGGAAGAGGUGUUACAAUCCUAUUGCCAGUGGCUUCCGUUUCCCUCAGAAGCUGUCUGUUGUGAGACCCUAGGCUCUACUCUUGAUGUAGUUUUCUUUCACUUUCCAAGUGAACGCACUGCGCCCAGGGCUGUCCUUCCUGUGGUGCCAGGGAGAACCUGGGAGAUGUUUUGCUAGAACUAGACACAGCCUUAAUAUCCGUGUAUUUAUUCUCAGAACAUACAAACCCAUCUUCUCAGAGAAUAGAAAACAGAAAUUUCACGCAGUGACAGAGAUGAACAUAGCCAGUUCACCCUGACCUCCCUUUUACUAAAAAAAAAAAAAAAAAAAUUCUUUGGGUGAGGGAUGCC